UCCGUUGUGCCUCUACCGACUUUGCUCAGAGCAUGGAGCCCUCCUCACCACCAGAACCAGGGUUUUCUGCAGAAAAGAGCUCAUCUGUGCCGCAGAAAAUAUCCCGUCUCCUGGUGGGUGUGACUGGAAGCGUGGCUGCGCUGAAGCUGCCUCUUCUCAUUGCUGAAUUGCUGAAAAUCCCUGGGCUCGAAGUGAAGGUGGUCACUACUGAGAGAGCAAAGCAUUUCUACAAUGCCCAGGAGAUUCCUGUCACCCUCUACAGUGAUGAAGAUGAAUGGCAGCUGUGGAAAGGCCGUUCAGACCCAGUCCUGCACAUCGAGCUCAGACGGUGGGCUGACCUCAUGUUGGUGGCACCUCUUGAUGCAAACACGCUGGCAAAGCUCGCGAACGGCAUCUGUGACAACCUGCUGACUUGUGUCAUCCGGGCUUGGGAUCUGAGCAAACCUCUGCUCUUCUGCCCAGCUAUGAACACGGCCAUGUGGGAACAUCCCAUCACAGCUCAGCAAGUGGAGCAGCUGAAAGGCUUUGGCUACACAGAGGUCCCCUGUGUGGUGAAGAAACUAGUGUGUGGAGAUGAAGGUCGAGGUGCCAUGGCAGAAGUGUGGACCAUUGUGGAGAGCGUGAAAAGGAUCCUUGAAGAACGGGACUUGCCAACGCAGAGCUGAUGGUUUGGCGCGUAAAUUGUAUUUGUGUGCCUCCCUGAUGAUUUGAAGAUAAAACCAACAGGAAGCUGAGUCGAGAUGGCGUGCAUACCUAUAGCGUGCUCUUCAACCGAAGGAGUGAAACGGUUGUCUUCCAGCUGGUGCCAAACUGAAAUGUGGUACAUCACUGCGGACUUUCAGAAACCAAAGCCAAGAACGUGCUUCUUUAGUGUGGGAAAACUCUGUGGUAUGUGGCAGAGAGGGAGUAACGUUCCGCUAGGCCAGUUGGCCCCCAGUAUUUCACACGCGCUCCUUUCUGAGGAGGCUGCAGAAGGAAUUGCCAAUGUAUUUCAGGUCCGGUGGUUGCCCUGAGAGCUGCUGGA